AUGAAGACCUGGCAAAUCUUCCUAAUCGCCUUUUUCAGUAUCCUUCUUCUAGCCGGCUGUCUUGCCAUAUGUGCCGGUGGAAAAAAGGGCCCGAAGCCGCUCCCGGAUGAUCACCCUUGGCAUCUUUCUCAGGAUGAACGAAUCCCAACCAAGACGAACAAAUAUCCACAACCACUGAGACCGAAACGACACCCGUCGACUGAGGACGAUCCUGAGGAUUCCACUGAGAUGUUCAAGGAACUUAACAAGUUUAAGAUGAAGAGGGAUACCCCUCUCUAUUGCCAGUGGUCGUCGAAUCUUUCUACGGAUUUGAACGACUAG